UCUCCCAAACUUAAAUUAAUUUCCUUCUUCUUCGUCUGUGGCACAGAUUCUCCCUUUCCUUCAAUCUACGCUUCCUUUUUUUUUUCUUCUUGUUUUUUUUUGUCAGACUAAAAGAAAACACCAAAAAUCAAAAAUCAACUUAGUUUUGUUUAUUCUCAAAAUCCGUAAAACCAGAGAAGAGAGUGAAAACAACUUCUAGAUGUCUCAUGGGCUCUUCUUGUUCUUCGCUGUCUUCGUUUCUUGAGCUUCCCAGCAUCAUCAAAUAAACCUCGUAGAACCGCAUAAAAAACAAAUCUUUCACAUAAAAAGGAAACAACUUUCUCGGUUGUUUUCUCUCCAGGCAGCUUUAAGAAUCAAAAUGAGAGGAGAAAUGGAAUCUGUAAUUGAAUACGAAGAAUCUCGGUUUUUCGACGCACAAGACGAAAUCGCAUCAUGUUCCAGUACAAUCGAGUACGAUGAAACUCCAUCAACCAUCUCUGGCGAUUUCCAGUACGAUGUUUGGAUCAAAAGCCCAGGAAACGCUGAGGAGCGUCGAGAGAAGUUCUUGAACUGGAUGGGGAUAAGUGUGAGCCAAACUCAUCACGAGGAGGAGCCACCUGAAUCAGGCAAUGUGGAUCGUUUCUCAAGCUCGGUUAGUGAAGCAGCGGUUUUGAGGAGUUUGAAAUCAGACGACGAGUUCAGCUCUUGUCGAUGUGAUUCUUCUGUGUUUAGUCCAAGGGAGAUUGUAGAUAGGAUUGUGAAGGAGGAGGGUUUGUGUAAAGAGGAAGAAGAAGUAGAUGUUGGGAGUUUAAGUAGUCGAAUGGUUUUGAGGAGUUUGCGUUCUGAUGAUGAUGAUAUUAGCUCUAGCCUUUGUUCUGGAUCACCUGCAUCGGGUCUAACAGAUAAGAUUGUGAAAGAAAAUGGUGAAGAGAUUGAGUUUAAGUCACCAAACCCGCCUGCAGAACAACGAGAUGUAGGCGGAAUCAUGAAGAGGGUUAAGGAGAGAUGGUUGGGUCGGCUGAAUAGAGUGCGUAACAAGGAAAGAUCUGCUGGUGAAGCUGCGGUUUUGGGGAGUAGGAUCGAGAGAGUUAAGGUGAAGGAGUUUAAGAAAGAGACCAAGGAGCUUUCUGCUCUUUUCAAGGGUCAAGAAAUACAAGCUCAUGAAGGAGCGAUUCUCGCUAUGAAGUUUAGUCCUGAUGGCAGGUACCUUGCAAGUUCCGGUGAAGACAGGGUUUUGCGGGUUUGGAGCAUUGUUGAAGACGAAAGAUGUGAUGAACAUGACGUUCCCAAGAUGGAUCCCUCUUGUAUAUACUUUGAAGUGAGCAAACUCUCUGAGUUGAGACCUGUGGCCGUAGAAAAGGAGGGCAUUACUGGCUCAUUGAUGAGUCCAAGGAAGACAACAGAGUCCGCUUGUGUUAUAAUUCCCCCAAAGAUUUUCCGGGUGCUUGAGAAACCAGUUCACGAGUUUCUCGGUCACAGUGGUGAUAUCCUUGAUAUCUCAUGGUCCAAGAACAAUCGUCUGUUGUCAGCUUCUGUAGACAAUAGCGUUCGGCUUUGGCAGAUUGGCCGUGAAGAGUGUCUUGGAAUCUUCUCUCACAGUAACUAUGUUACAUCUGUGCAGUUCAACCCGGUUGAUGAUGAUCACUUCAUCAGCGGUUCAAUAGAUGGAAAAGUUCGCAUCUGGUCAACUUCUCAGUGCCAAGUUGUAGAUUGGGCCGACGCUAGAGGCAUUGUAACCGCAGUUUGUUAUCGCCCAGACGGCCAGGCAGGGAUUGUUGGAACUUUGACGAGCGAAUGUCGCUUCUACAACGUAUCAGGCCACUGCCUUCAACUCGAUGGCCAGAUAUGUCUGCAUAGCAAAAAGAAGUCCGCAAAUAAACGAAUAAUCGGCUUUCAGUUUGAUUCAACCGACCCAAGCAGAGUAAUGGUUGCAUCCGCAGAUUCACAAGUCAGGAUCAUUAGUGGUCGCAACGUUGUCCAUAAAUACAAAGGAUCUCGAAAUGCCGGGAAUCAAAUAUCGGCAUCUUUUACAGCAGACGGGAAGCAUAUAAUCUCGGCGUGUGACGAUUCCUCCGUCUACGUCUGGAACUGCAUCGAAAACGAUCCGGAACCACCGUCUCCUGGUUUUUUCUCCUACACUAAACGACUCAAAAUCCGAUCCUUUGAGAAAUUCUCCGUAGAUGUUUCAGUCGCUAUCCCGUGGUGCGGAUUCGCUCCUGUAAUCUCCGGCGGAUCUGAGCUAUCGCCGUCGCUCUUCUCUUUGGGACGCGAGUACGUUCUCGAUUCUCCCAAGGGAUCUGCGACUUGGCCGGAGGAGAAGCUGGCAAGCUCGUUUUCUCCGGUGAAGGCGAUCCGGAGAUCGCAUUAUAGAUUUCUCCGAUCGUCGUGCCGGAGAACGUCGGAGUCUUCUCAUCUUUGGGGAUUGGUUAUAGUCACCGGCGGGUGGGAUGGACGGAUCAGAUUGUUUCACAACUAUGGUUUGCCUGUUCCCGUUUGAAAUCCAACGGCUACGAAACGCUGCUUAUUGUCGAAAACGUUGACGUAUAGUUUAUACUCCGCACUCGUGUGUCGUCUGGUGAGCCACAUGGUGAAGUUUAGGAGUUUUGUUCGGGCCCUAUGUUUGGGCCUAACACGUUGGCCCGUUUACCCGGUGGUUUGUAGCUUGGUCUCACCAGGUUUGGACUUAGCCGGAGCUGAAGGUUUGGAAUUGCUUCGGAGGUAGGGGAACGAGAAAAAAUGAAGAAAGGGUAACUCAGAUUUUUGCCUUUUUUAUCGUAAAAAAAGUUAUUAUUAGUAUAAUUAUACUUGCCUUUUUUUGUAAGUUAAUAAUAUAUAGGGGAAAUGUAACUGAGGCCCGUCUUUUUUUUCCGUGUAAAUACCAUGGUUUUAUUUUUUGGUACAGAAUAGAGUAUUAU